CAAUGCAGGCUCGGUGCACCCUCACUCUAGCCCUCCUCUCCCUGGCAGCGCUUGGCCUCAGUGCUUUGCCCACACACCUCAGGGACCAGCUCGUUCUCCAGGGAUCACCAGCAAUGGAGCUGCGGGAUGGUGUGGUCCGGGAGCUGAUACAGGCAGUGGCCGAUGCAGAGAGCAAACCCCAGAGUGAGGAGGCAGCAGAGGACUUCGCUCCAGAUGAAAAGGCUGAACUACGGCUUGCGCUGGCUCCACGGUGGCGGAAAGAUUGUAAAAAUUUCUUCUGGAAAACUUACACUUUGUGCUAAUCCUGUGCCAGCGUUAAAGCCUGACUGAACCACAACCGUCUGGCUGGCGAGAGGUCUUAAUUAAUGUGUAAUAUGAAUUGUUUGCUAUUUAGCAUGCCUCAAUUAUUGUUAAUCCUUUACUCAUUGUGAAUUCUUAAUCAAGUGUUUACUGUUA